UGUGAACAUGUGAUUGUUAAACAACCCUUCUGGGAUUUGUGGAUGUGAUUAUACAGAUGUUUGAGUCCGACUUGUCUUCCAGAUGAAAGCUUUUAGAUGACAGUGGUGUUUAAACAGCAGAUUUCUAAACCCAAUAAUAAACAAGUUAUAAAUUGUGACAUUUUAUCUGAUGAGUUGGAGGUUUAAGUUUAAAAGUAUGAAACUUGGAAACUAGGUGGCUUCUAGAUUCAAUUCAGUCUUAUUUGUGUAGAACUUUUAACAAUGCACAUUGCCCAAUGCAACUUUACAGAGAUAAAUAGGAUAAACUAUGAAUUUAUGUUAGUACCUAUAUGUUUAACUCUUAUAAGUCUCUCUCUAAUGAGCAAGCCAGUGGUGACAUUGGCGAGGGAAAACGCCCUGAGAUGGUACGAGGAAGAAACCCUGAGAGGAACCAGACUCAAAAGGGAACCAUCCUCAUUUGGGGUGGCACUGAAUGUCCAUUUAUUACAGUUCUAUGUUGUUGAGGUGUACAGUUCAGUAAAGGGUCCUUAAAUACCGAACUGCGGUCGUAAGCCAUGGCAGUAAAAGGUUUUAUAUUAAUUAAAUACUAAUUACAAUCCUAAUCCAUUCUCAUAGUUCUUGAGUUGCUCAGUAACUUCAUGGCUCUUUAAGAUGUUCACAUAGAACAUGAAACAGUGAUGAAGAAAAUAGGUUUGAUUGUAGCUUGGGAUGUAGUUUUAAAUAAAUCUUUUACAACUUGCCAGUGCAAAUGAACUAGUCAUUAGUGCUUAUUGGGACAUCACUUGUGCAAAGGGAUUCCCGGUUUCUUUUUGGGGGGUCAUUCCCAUAAUGCAUUAUUUAUAGAUUUAAGAUCAUAAUGGUUACAAAUUGAGCACCUUUAUUUACCCAUAGAUAGAUAGAUAGAUAGAUAGAUAGAUAGAUAGAUACUGUGACGUUAAAGGCCAUAGAUAGACUGUGACGUUAAAGGCAUUAAGCAAGGCAUUGGUUUAUAUGUGCUGAUUGUAGAAAAGUAAAAUAAACACUACUGGUAGACUUGAAGACACCACAGGUACCUGAUCGUGUAAACAGUUUAAAUUGGUGACGAGCAACAAACUGCAUGUAAGAAAAAAAAAGAUCCAAAAAGCUAAUUUAGCUUAGUUUAUUUGGUUUUAUUUCAACUAAAGCUGGUUAUGGAGUUGAGCAGCUCCCCCAGGCCGACUCAGGCCUCCUCCACAUCCCCGCCCCCAGCGCGCUGCUCACCCUAAACUAGCAUGAACACUUCGUGAAGUUAGCACACACUAAGCUAGCCGCUUACAGCCCAAGUCCUGAAAAAAAAAAACUCUUCAACACUUUCCCAACACAUUCCCCAAAAUAAGAGGUGGCCGAAUAUCAGUGGUAGAAUGUCAAAAAGUGAGGCUGAGGAGAUGAUCGAGAUUGAGAUCGAUGGACAAGAGAAACAAGAAUGCUUAGAAGAAGGGAUAGAGGAGCAGACCAUUACAGCCAGCGAUCUCAUCACUCAGGACAUAGAUAUCAACGAGCCAGUCGGUAACUUGAAGAAGUUGCUGGAGCCUCGUGUACAGAUUGCUCUGGAUGGAUAUGAUAUUUGUCUGCAGGACAUUCAUCUGCACCCUGACCACAGCCUUUUUGAUCAGGGUGUAAAGACUGAUGGCACAGUACAGCUCAGUUUGCAGAUUAUCACAAAACCAGGUGAAGAGAAGUUGAAUAUCUUAGAGAUAGUGAAGCCAGUAGAGACAGUGGAGGUAGUGAUAGAUCCUGACGCGGCCACAGGAGAGGAGGCUCACUUGGUGGAGGAUGGGCAGGUGAUAGCAGUCGAGCGAGCAGCCAUUGCAGAUGAGACCUCUGAACAGGUGACCCGAUGGGCAGCCGCACUUGAAGGCUACCGCAAGGAGCAGGUUCGACUUAGUAUUCCUUAUGAUCCGGUGCAGUGGACAGCAGAUCAGGUGAUCCACUGGGCAGUGUGGGUGAUGAAGGAGUUCAACAUCGAGGAGAUUGAGGUGGGAGGCAUCCACAUCCCGGGUCGGCAACUGUGCGCCUUCAGCCAAGAGGAGUUUCUCCAAAGAGUGCCUAAUGGAGAAAUCCUGUGGAGCCACCUGGAGCUGCUACGUAAAUAUGUUUUGGCGAGUCAGGAGCAGGGACAGGAAGCGACAGUCACUAUUGAUCAGCCUGUUCAGAUCAUCCCUGCACCUGUACAACAGGCCACACCCACAACCAUUAAGGUGCAGAAGCAUAACAAAGUUCCCAGAGCACCACGCAUCUCUGGAGAGGAACGCAGUUCCCCUGGCAACCGUACAGGUAAUAAUGGGCAAAUUCAGUUAUGGCAGUUCCUGCUGGAGCUGCUGACAGACAAGGAUGCCAGGGACUGCAUUUCCUGGGUCGGGGAGGAGGGAGAGUUCAAACUCAACCAGCCAGAGCUAGUGGCUCAGAAAUGGGGUCAGAGGAAGAACAAACCCACAAUGAACUAUGAGAAGCUCAGCCGAGCCCUCAGAUACUACUAUGAUGGUGACAUGAUCAGCAAAGUGCAGGGCAAGCGCUUCGUCUACAAAUUUGUUUGCGACCUGAGAACUCUGAUUGGCUACAGCGCCGCUGAACUUAACAGCUUGGUGACGGAGUGCGAGCAGAAAAAACUGGCACGGGUGCAGCUGCAUGGCAUCAACACCGUCGCCCUGACAACGCCCGCAGGUCAGCCAGUCACCACCGUCGCACUGGCCACCACAUUGGAGAAGGACAGCUGAGUGUGAGGGGCUACGUGAGAGAUGAUGUGGAGAAGGGAAGGGCAAAGCAUGGGCAAAGACUUUGGGCAGGACAAGUGCAUUUAUGAAUAUGUGUAUGCGUGUUUUAUGAGCGAGUGUGUGUAUAUAUCUAUAUAUAAAAGAAUGAGUGUUAUGGGACAGUAUAGCAGGUCCCGCAAGAGAGCAUGAUUGGGCUUGCGUGUGUGUGUGUGUGUGUAAGUGAGUGAGUGAGAUAAUGAAAUUACUAAUGACCAUAUUUGAGCUUUGAUUUUUGUGUAUGCUUUUUUCCUCUGACUGCAGGGUAGCAUUGGCUGCAUUUCCAUUGUAUAUAAACUAUGUUUUUGAUAGCCACAAUGGCAGUGUAUUUUGAUAUUUUCCCUUUCUAAAUGAUGUUUUUUUUUUUAUUAUUAUUUUGAUGUUCUGACUCCCUCGAGGUGAGGUACUUUUUAACUGUCCACCAGGGGGAAAUAAAGAGAUGAUUUUUUGAA